UGGGCCUGGUUUUCAGGUUUGGUUGCUGAGCCCGCUGUUGGUGGCCCUCUGCAUGCUGACAAGGAAGAAACACGUGUGAACAAAAACCUAACGUUCAGCACAGUUUGAGAGAGUAAUUAUCUGUUGUUUGCACAAUGUUGCGCUACUUUCAGAGUGCCAAUACACCCUGCUGUUUGAGGUGACUUAACUGCCGAUCAGAGGAGACCACACACAACCACACCUCUUGUACAAGCAGACUUCUCUACCGGAUGGUUUUGAAUACUAUGUGGAAGCGGACAACUUUUUACUUUUGGCAUUUUUAAACGGGAUGGAUUUUGAGGACACAUAACUUGGAUAUACGUUUUGUAUUUUUGCUUUUGGGAUUUUUUUUCCCCUUCAGUGGAGUUAAUCAAGUUUGAAGCUUACUUCUGGAAGGGAACUGACUUCAAGAACUAAAAUGGACCAAGCCAGCGGCGGGGAGGAUCCCAACAAGCCCUCUAAAAAGAAGUCCAGUGAGGAUGAGGGUAAAAACAAAAAGCUGAACAUACACAUAAAAACACUGGCUGAUGAUAUGCGUGAUCGUAUAACAAGUUUCAGGAAAACUGGGACAAAGAAGGAGAAGCCUUUUAUUCAGCACCCAACUGAUCCCCUCUCUACCCAAGCCGAACUCCCUCAGCCGCAGCCUUUCUUUGACGAAAGAUCCAUGAACCUCUCAGAAAAAGAAAUAGUUGACCUUUUUGAGAAGAUGAUGGAGGACAUGAACCUCAAUGAGGAUCGUAAAGCCCCUCUGCGUGGGAAGGAACUGAGCAUCAAACGUGAGAUGGUGGUCCAGUACAUCUCGGCCACUGCCAAAUCUAUAACUGGGAGCAAAGUUGCGGGUGGGCUACGUAACAGCAAGCAUGAGUGCACCCUUUCGUCCCAAGAAUACGUCCAUGAGCUACGAUCUGGCAUCAUGGACGACAAGCUGCUCAACUGCCUGGAGUCCCUCAGAGUGUCUCUCACCAGUAACCCUGUCAGUUGGGUCAACAACUUUGGCCAUGAAGGUCUCGGCCUUCUUCUGGAAAAUCUGGAGAAGCUUCUGGACAAAAAGCAGCAAGAGUAUAUUGAUAAACGCAUCCAGCAUAAGCUAAUCCAGUGCUUAAAGGCUUUCAUGAACAACAAGUAUGGGCUGCAAAGGAUCCUGGGAGACGAGCGGAGCUUGUUGCUGUUGGCAAGAGCGAUUGACCCCAAACAGACCAACAUGAUGACGGAGAUUGUCAAAAUUCUCUCAGCUAUUUGCAUUAUUGGCGAAGAAAACAUCCUGGAUAAGAUUCUGGCUGCCAUGACAAUUGCUGCAGAGAGGAACAAUAAAGAGAGAUUUGCUCCAAUUGUGGAGGGACUGGAGAACCACGAGGCCCAGCAGCUCCAGGUCGCCUGUAUGCAGCUGAUUAACGCCCUGGUCACUUCGCCUGACGACCUGGACUUCCGGAUACAUCUACGCAACGAGUUCCUCAGAUGCGGCUUAAAGAAGAUCCUUCCUGAGAUAAAAAAGACAGAGGAGCUGGAUAUUCAGCUGAAGGUGUUCAAUGAGAACAAAGAUGAAGACGCCAUCGAACUCUCCCAUCGUCUGGACGACAUCCGUGCUGAAAUGGAUGAUAUGAAUGAAGUGUACCAUCUCCUGUCAAAUAUGGUGAAAGACACCGCCUCGGAGACCUACUUUCUGUCAAUCCUUCAGCACCUAUUGCUUAUCAGGAAUGACUAUUACAUCAGACCUCAGUACUACAAGGUGAUCGAGGAAUGCGUGUCUCAGGUGGUUCUGCAUCGCAGUGGGACGGACCCUGACUUUGGUUACAGUAAACGAUUGGAUGUGGACUUCACUCAGCUUAUUGAUCAGUGUGUGGAUAAAGCCAAAGUUGAAGAGAGUGAACAGAAGGCUGUAGAGUACUCCAAAAAGUUUGAUGAGGAGUUCAGCGCACGGCAGGAGGCCCAGGCCGAGUCCCAAAAAAAGGAGGAAAAGAUCAAGGAGCUGGAGUCAAAAAUCCAAACUCUAGAGACGCAGUUAACUAUAGAAAAUGACAGGCUCAAAGAGGCUCAGAGACUCAUCAGGGAAUCUGAAGCCAAGAUUGCUGCAGGCCCAGCUGCGCCUGGAGCACCACCUCCUCCACCACUACCUGGAGGUGCCGCACCUCCACCUCCUCCUCCUCCUCCUCCACCCCCACCUGGUGGUUGUCCUCCACCUCCACCUCCUCCUCUGCCUGGCCAUGCGUCUAUCCCCCCUCCACCUCCUCCACCCCCAGGGGGAGGACUUCCACCACCCCCACCACCCCCAGGUUGUGGGGCCCCACCUCCUCCUCCGUUUGGGGGCUUUGGUGGUCCUCCUCCUCCUCCUGGGUUACCUGUUGUCAAGCUGCCUUAUGGACUUGAGCCAAAGAAGACUUACAAGCCUGAAACUGUGAUGAAGAGGGUCAACUGGUCCAAGAUAGUGCCUCAGGAAAUGGCAGAGAAUUGCUUCUGGAUCAAAGUCAAAGAAGAGAAGUUUGAAAACCCUGACCUAUUUGCUCAGCUCUCCCUGUGCUUCUCUUCGCAGAGUAAAGUGAAAAAAGAUGUGAGUGAUGAGACCGAUGACCGAGUACCACAGUUCAAGAAGAAGGCAAAGGAACUUCGUAUCUUGGAUGCCAAGACAGCGCAGAACCUCUCAAUUUUCUUGGGCUCGUUCCGCCUGCCUUAUGAAGAGAUCCGGGACAUUGUGCUGGAGGUAGACGAGGAAAGACUGAGUGAAUCACUCAUCCAGAACCUAAUAAAGAACUUGCCAGAGCAGAAAGAACUCAGUGCUCUAGCGGAACUAAAAGGUGAAUACGAGGAGCUUGUGGAGUCAGAGCAGUUCGGCAUUGUGAUGAGCUCAGUAAAGCUGCUGCGGCCACGUCUCAAUGGCAUUAUGUUCAAGCUAACUUUCGAGGAGCAGGUGAACAACAUCCGGCCAGACAUCAUGAAUGUGACGUUCGCCUGCGAGGAGGUGAAGAAGAGCGAAGGCUUCCGCAGACUCCUGGAGUUUGUAUUGCUGGUCGGCAAUUACAUGAAUGCUGGCUCAAGGAACGCACAGACGUUUGGUUUCAACAUCAGCUUCCUGUGCAAGUUACGAGACACUAAAUCCAUCAGUCACAACACAACACUUCUCCAUUUUCUGGCUGAGAAGUGCGAAGAGAAUCACCCAGAGAUUUUGAAGUUUCCAGAUGAACUGGAGCAUGUGGAGAGUGCCAGCAAAGUGUCUGCUGAAAUUCUAAAGGGCAGUCUGACCACAAUGGAGAAGCAGAUUCAGCGACUGGAGAACGAUAUCGAGAACUUCCCCAAAACGGACGACCCCCAAGAUAAGUUUGUGGAAAAAAUGUCCGGCUUCUCCAAACAUUCUCGGGAGCAGUACGAGAAGCUGUCCACCAUGCACAAGAACAUGCAGAAGCUGUACGAGAACAUCGGCAGCUACUUCGCGUUCGACCCCCACUCAGUCAGCGUGGAGGAUUUCUUCGGCGAGCUGGCCAACUUCCGCUUCCUCUUCAUGGAAGCCAUGAAGGAGAACCACAAGAAGAGGGAGAUGGAGGAGAAGAUCAAGAGAGCCAAGCUGGCGAAGGAGAAAGCUGAGCGAGAGAAGCAGGAGCGUCAGCAGAAGAAGAAGCAGCUGAUUGACAUGAACAAAGAAGGGGAUGAAACUGGCGUGAUGGACAGUCUAAUGGAAGCUCUGCAGUCUGGAGCAGCUUUCCGUGAUCGGCGAAAACGAACACCACGAAAUGGUGAUCAAAGCCCUUCCAGUCCAGUCUCUCGGUGGCCGGGUGCUAACUAUGGUACCAGAACUCUAGACAACCGCCGUGCAGCCCUCGAAAGGUCUCGCUCACGCCACAACCCAAAUCACCAAGCUCGAUGAUUACCCGCGUCUACUUCAAGACCCUAGAUAAGUGCCAAAGAGGCCUGCGAUGAGGAGGAGGAGGAGAAGACGAGGAAGACAUCAGGAGGGAUAGACCACCUCCCUCACUGUGGCUUACCCAGCACCAAGUAUGGAAAACUGCCUACAGAAUGGAAUAACCAGACAUUUAUAGUCUUUAUUGAACACUCUACAUAUUUAUUGUAUGCUUUUUGUAUUGCUCAAGGAUUUAUUUUGCUUUUGGAACUGAAACAUUUUAAAAAGCUGUCAAUUUCCUGGUUUCAACCUAUAUUUUAAUCCAAACGCUUCAAUUAACUCACAGUUUUGACAGGAGAAACAUAACAGUAUCCUGCAGAGAGACGUUCAGCCAAGAUGGACUUCUGAAAACUGCAUGCUUGUGUGGAAGAACAUGGACAGCUGUCCUUUAAAUGGAAACUACAAGUCUUAAAGGAAGAGAGGACAGUGUAAUAUUAUCACAUUUAAGGUCCUUUGUUCAGAAACAAUCGCGUCUUCGCACUCCAUCAAAGCCACAGGAGCUGGCGGCCGUCUGCACCAACACAGAGCACGUGACUCACUGACAUUCAAACUGCAAGACAUUUUAGUUGAUUUAAUGUUGUGUUGUGUAAUCUCACUUUUACCCUUCAGGUGCCGAUUUGUGACCCGAGGUUAGUUUUCCUGUUACCAUUAGAGGCUGACAUUUCUAAAUGCAUCCAGGUCUCUGUCGGGGACAAAACACGAACACUCAGACCUCUCGUUAGGUCACACAGGGUUUCAUCAAGGCACACCUCAUUGUUUAAAAGGUAUUACAUGUUUAUGGCACUUUUUCAACAACAAGGGGGGGAAAUGUUAAGUUUUGAAAAUUGAGCAGUGCCAAAACUAUGACUGCUCCCUCAGAUACUAAACUGUACUCCUGUAGAAUGCACUUCUGAUCUUAUGUGCACACCAGAACAACACUCUUCACACUGGAAGUUGUUACUGAAACCAGCCAGUUUCAGUAACUGAGGUGUUUUAAAAUGAAGUUACAAAACAUGAAAGAAACUUAAAAAAAAAAUGUUUAAAAAUUUUUGUGUUACAUUUCAAAUAAUAAAUGGCUUGUACUUGUAUAGUGCUUUAUCAAGUCUAGAGGCUCAAAUCACUUCACACUACAGUCAGUCAUUCACCCAUUCACACACACCGAUGGCGGCAAGCUACUGGAUAGCAGCCACAUCUGCCCACAAGCUGAGGGUUAUGGGAAUCGAAUACAGAUUGUGGGGUGAACUCCUACCACCAUCAUCACCACCAUCCACGCCAAAUGAUUAUGACAGAACGGUCCUUCUAGAGUUCAGGCUCCCACAUACUCGGCCGUACUGUCGACAAGGGUCACGUGUAACGAUUUCCUUAAUUUUCUAAGUGUUUUUGUUUAGUGAAGGUCUUCAUAUUCCCUCAUUAAUGCAACUUACUGUAUUUCUUAUCUCUUCUGUCAGACACUCAUCAAAUUCUGACUCCAUUUUGUCCCCAAGUUGGCAUCGGCUUUCAACCUUAUCUGCUCACCGUCACAUUUAAAAUCGUUCGAUGUGAACUCUGUGCGACAGGAAGUACACUCGAGUAUGUGGGAGCCUUCAUGCACUUAUUUUCUAAUUUUGUAUGAUGUAAAAACAAUGAUGUCAUGACCAAACUCAACCCUGACUAAAUGCUGCCUCCGUGGUCCACACCACCUUCUUUUGUUUUCACCAAAUACAUCACAGGCCAGUUAUAAUUACGGUAAUAUCCUGGGUAAUUUGUAAAACACAUAAUAUAACCUAACUAUAUAUUUUUUUUGUAAUUUUUGAAGUAUAGAAAACAUUUCAGUGUGUAGGGCAUCACACUGUGCUCCAACACAAGGACCAACGUCUUCAUUAAUCAUUUAUUGCAGCUAUUUAACUCUUCUAACAGUGGAUUUAUUUCUUAUAAAAUACUGGUCACACUCUGGAGAAGUUCCCUUUUUUUGUGUUUUUUUUUAAACACUGGGGAUGUUUCUGAGAAAUAGUUUAAUGUGAAGUCCGUUUCAUUUCUAUCUCUCAAACAGAAAUAAAAAUCGGCAGGUUUCCAGAAAUCAAUCGGUGCACGGAUACUUCUGCUGGAUCGCCGACACCAUUUGAGCUUUCCUCUCAUGAAAGACUGUGGGUUCAUUUCUUUGCAAGGACCCACUUUCAUAUUUCAAUGUAAACUAUUUAUUCAUAUAUUCAUGCUAAGGGCGUCUCUGUCCCCCUCACUUCACUAGACUGUAAGCAGAUGCUACUAAAAACAACCAUUAAAUCCACACGGAGACGGGGCAUGACCAGAAUUACAGACGGAGGGCCACAGUAGGCCGGAUGAUGCUUGUCUUAGCGAGCGAGUCUCAAAAUGCCUUCCGGUUCCUCAGCACUAAUGACAUAAGUGACCCUUUUACCAUGACACAAGUUACUUUAGCAACAGCAUAACUUUGCUUUGGGCUUCGUGUGUCUGCGCGCCUCGUGCCACCUCAGUAAUCCGAACAGGGACCCAGGGAAAAUGGGAUGCAGUGGUCUCGACUCCUGGGCUGAAUAGAUGGAGGUUUUUCAUUUAAACAAUCUGCCAGUGCUGUUUGUGAGGCGUCUGUUUCACGGAGCCUCCCCUCCCUCUGCCCGCGCGCAUCUAAAAAAAUGCAAUUUUACACAUCAUCUCGGCUCGAGGUGCGCCCACAACGCUCCGCGAAGUCUGCAUAUUUAAGAAGACAAUAACUGAGCUGAAUAUCAGGUUGGAGCCGUCACAGAGCAAAAGCGUUGAGAAUGAGUUUUCUGGAUAAGGGACUCUGCGGUGGCGGCAGUUUUAAGGACGUGUUGUACACAGCGGUGAUAGAGAUGCGCUGUCGAAAGAAGUGAUUUCCUCUCUGUAAUCGCUUCUCACCCUUUGUUCCUCGCAACACCACACCUGGGCAAUUUUAAGCUUCGAAUAAGACCUGGUUUUGUUUUGUUUUUUUUAGAUCAGUCCUCCAGCAACACAGAUCGGCCAUGAUAUUGGAUGUUUAUCUGCAGAAACACGCAGGUUUUUGCAUUGUGAAUAUUCAGUUUGGCUCAAAAAAUUAUUUAACCCUGAAAGUUCUUUUCAAUUAGCCUUUAAACUGUACAGACAUCUUAAAAAGUCUUAUUUUGGUCAAUAUUGAUGACCAGUUUUUAAGGUAGGUUUGUUGUGAUUUUAAGUUAUGUAUUUAUCAUCUAAAAAAAACAUUUUUAAAACAAGUAGAGUAAUUAAUAGUUAUUGUAAUAGUUUCCUGCAACCAAAAGGAGCUUCACAAACAGAAAGCUGAGAUAAUUUGACACCAUGCAGGACGAAAAAACUAAAUUAAGAGAUUCCUACAGGAAAACAUCCCUCAUCGUAGCUGUGAUUGUUGUCUCCUCGUCCCAUCGUGUUUUAAUAGAAAGUAAUAGCUGGAGCCUUUCAGGUUGACAAGCCUGAACUGAUCCAUUAUAGUCGUGUGAAAAACAGCUGAUCAUACCUUCAUCUUUGUGCUUGUUACUAACAAACCUCAGCUGAUGAUGGCGACCUUUAGGUAGUUGUGACACCAGAGAUGUUUCACAUUUAAAACCACAAACUUCAGAGUAUUUAAUUGGAAUUGUUACUUUUUAAAAAAAUAAACAAAUAAAAGCAACUGUGAUACAGUAAGAACAAAAUUUACACAUAAAAUACUAUAAAGUUAUCAAAACUAAUCCGAUCCAAAGACUAAUAAAAGGAAUAUGUACAAUUGGCUAUAUGAAGAUAAAACUGUGCAAAUACCAGAAGGAAUAUUUCCUCAGGUUACACCAUCUUAAAUUUAUAACUCUUUAAAGACAAAUCAUGAAUUAAAUCACAACAGAAUCGUUCAAAAGAUGAUAAAUUAGUAAAUAACCUUGAUAGCCCGCUAGCUGUCAAAGUUAUUUACUAAUUUAGUUAGCGUUAGCUUCAACUACCUCGAGUCACAAAAUGCAAUGAAGAUGUUUAUGACUCAAACUUUAGCCUGACAAAAUAAUAUACGUUUGAAAAAAUAAUAUACGAUUAAAUAGUCCUACCAUGAUAAAACCUGUAAUCAGCAUAUUUAAAGUAAACUUGUUUUUCUUUUUAUUUACAACAUUUUAAGACCUUGAAUUUAAGACGUUUUAAUGCUGCCCUGCUUUUGGAGGCAGUGACUGUUGUAGAAGGAAGGAUCUGUAAUAAUGCUAACUGGUGUUGCAUUUAGGGAAACAAAUACAAUUGAUUGUAAAACAUUGCCUUCAAAUAUAUAAUUCACAAAAUAGCUUAGCACUUAUAACCAGAGCAUCAUGAAGGUGGGGAUGCUUUUCUUCUAAGGGAAAUACAUGAGAAGCUACAGAAGAGUUGAAACUGCAGUUUAAAUCCAUAUAUCAACUUUCAUGAAUACGCACUAGCAUGUUAUGUUGGCCUAUCACAUAAAAUCCUAAUUAAAUGCAACAAAGUUUGUGGUUUUAAUGUGAUGAAUUGUGAAUAAAUUCAAGGGGAAUAAACAGUUUUUUUGAUGGUUCUCAUACAAGUGAGGAGGCAGGGGUAUGAAGUGCAAAGGUUAACUUUAAGGCUCCUAAUCACUCACUGACCGAGCACUUUACAAGAUAUUCUGCGCAGACAAAGGAAAGAUUUGUUCCAAGAUUUGUAAAGGCAUCAUUGCUGCUAACAGAGUGAACUAUUUGCUCAGCAUGUCUUCUGGUAAACAGUUACCAGCUGCCACAUAUCCACUUCUUCCUACUUUGAUAGACUUUGCUGGUGGUUUGAUGAAGUUCAGCUGCGACUGAAUCAAUAAGCAAAGCUUAUUUUUGUUGACUAACCCUGUUUGACCAUAAUGCGUAAGCUGCCAUAUCCCUGCCUACCUUCCUUUUAUUUGUCACCGAGUAUGUUUUAUUGUCUUAAGAAACAUUUAUAUUUUUAACAUUUUGAGGUUAUUUGUAUGCUUAGAAGUUGGGGAAAAACAAAAUGGUUAUGAAGACUGUCCUUCCAUGGAAUAUGUAAUGGAGAAUGGUACAAACUAAUAACCACUUUGUUAUUAAAACUGAUUUCUGAAAACUAAAA